AGGUUCAUUCACUCAUUCCUUCCGCCAUCUUGAACUGAUUUUAAUAAAACUCAAUUCAUUAAAUAGCAAACUAGUAAACUACGCUGUUAUUGUAAUAUUUUAUGUUUUUACAAUUAUUUUGACUAUUUAAUACGUGGAUCUAAUUACUUGUUAUAGUUUAGUAACACGAAAAUUUGAAAAAAGAUCACCAAUAAAACAAAUCAGCUGUUAUCCGUCAAUCGAUGUCAACAAAAUUACAUAAUUUUGUUUAGAAAAACAGUGUAGUCUUCGUUUUUUUGUGUCAUUUCGAAAUUUACAAACAUGAAAAUUCAGUGAGAGUUAAAUUUGUGUAGUGUGUGGCAGUAGUCGCUGUUUUAAUUUGGUCAUUUGGCGUACCAUGUAGGCCGUCAUUUUAACGAUGGAUCGAAAUAACAUAAUAGAGCAGAAUGGAUUUUACUUUAUUCAUAAUUUCGACUCAGGAAACCUUGGGCAUGUCGAAUCAGUGCCCGCUGAAACUAUUGAGCCAAGUGUGAACUAUAAGACUAAUCUGCCGGAGACACCCGACUAUGAGUUCAACCUGUGGACGCGGCCGGACUGCGCUGGCACAGAGUUUGAGAAUGGAAACCGCACCUGGUUCUACUUUGGGAUCCAGGCGACAGAGCCAGGAGUAUUGGUGCGGCUGAACCUCAUAAACCUGAACAAGCAGGGCAAGAUGUACAGCCAGGGCAUGGCGCCGGUGACGCGCACGCUGCCCGGCCAGCCCGCCUGGGAGCGCAUCCGCGACCGCCCCGUGCCCAUGAUAAUCGACGAGAACUUUUCGCUCAGUUUCAAAUAUCGAACAUCGGAAAAUUUAAAGGCGACGACAUUCUUCGCCUUCACAUACCCAUUCUCAUUCGCGGAGCUCCAGAUAUCGCUCAACUCUAUAGACUCGAAGUUGCUGCCUCUAUCUCCGGCACAGAACCCAGAUGAUAUAUACUACUGCAGGGAGUGCGUUGUAUAUUCACUGGAGGGAAGAAGGGUGGAUCUAUUGACCAUCACCUCGCAUCACGGGAUAACCAGUGAAAGGGAGGACAGACUGCAAAAUCUUUUCCCGGAUAAACAGGACAGGCCGUUUAAGUUUAACAAUAAGAAGAUAAUCUUCAUGUCAGCGCGCGUGCACCCCGGGGAAUCCCCGUCCAGUUUUGUGUUCAACGGGUUUUUAAAUCUAAUCCUCAACCGCAACGACCCAGUAGCCGUGCUACUACGGAAGCUCUAUGUGUUCAAACUGAUCCCGUUUCUUAACCCCGACGGCGUCGCGCGAGGCCACUACAGGACCGACACGCGUGGGGUUAACUUGAACAGGGUGUAUUUGAACCCGUCAUUGCAACAUCACCCUACUGUGUAUGCCGCGAGAGCUCUCAUCAGGUACUACCAUUUUGGCUGUGAAAAAGAAGACGAUAUGGAGAAUGAGACGUUGUCCCUUUCCAAUUGCAAUCAGAACAGCGAAGAUUCAGAGAGAGAAGUAAAAAGUGCGAAGAAGCGGCUCCCGUCAGCCCCCGCGUCCUCUCGCAAGGGGCUGCCGGCCAAGUCAGCCGCCGUCAAGGCCGCCGCCGACUGCCCCAAGAAGUCACCCUUCGGAGAGGACACCACUCUAGUGGAACAGGUAUACGACAUGAAGAUAGGCGAAAUCCAGUCAGACUCAACCACCACCAACUCCAAACCUUCUACCCAAGACUCGCCAACCGAUCACCUACUCACAGACUCCGUGCUACGCAACUGUCUCGGUGUCAACGUGCAGUUGUCUGAGCAGAGUGAACUGGACCCGGGGACCAACCCGAUGCGGCCGCUGAGAGAUACGUUGAAGAAUAGCAUCAGUCUGCUCAUGGGAUCUAGCUCGUCGGAUGGCGUAGGCAGUUCAAUCGGCUCCCCCAAGGACAGUCAGCAGUCGGCGCCGCGGCUGGGCUGGUGCCGCGCGUGCCGGCUCGCAGCGCCCGCCGCCGCCGACGCACCCGCGGUCAAGCAUGAUGAGACUCGCAUUCAAUACGUGAAGACGAGCGCGCCCACGUUCCUAGACAUACAGGAGUAUCGCGAACACCAGAGACAACAGUUUGAAGAAGAGGAGCGUAAGCAACUGGUAGAGUCGGAGUCGACGUCGACGAAGGCCGGUGAAGUGUUCUUCUGCACCAACUGCUUCAAGAGAUUCCUCAUGGCUGACAGCAGCGACGAGAUGUUGCAGGCGCGGGCGCCGGGCGGCUGCGGCUCGGGGGACUCCACGCUGGCGCCCUCGCUCGACGGCACCGACCCGCCGCCGGCGCCCCUCCCGCUCUCCCUAUUCUCCAAGGAAGACAACAAGCGUCCUACGCCCGCCAAGCCGCCGCCGCCGCCCGCCAUUGUGAAGAAGAAGCCGGCCCCCGUCGCUAGUAAACCACCAGUCAGCAAGGAACCGGAGUCCAACCUGUACCUGUAUAUUGAUCUACAUGGACACGCUUCUAAGAAAGGCAUCUUCAUGUACGGCAACCACUUCGCGUGCGCGGCGGCGGCGGCCGAGUGCAUGCUGCUGCCGCGGCUCAUGGCGCUGUACAACCAACACUUCCACUUCGCCAGCUGCAACUUCACCGAGAGGAAUAUGUACCUCAAAGACCGUCGCGACGGCAUGUCGCGCGAGGGCUCCGGCCGCGUCGCCGUGCUCAAGGCGACGGGGCUGGUCCGUUCAUACACGCUGGAGUGCAACUACAACACGGGCCGGCUGGUGAACGCGCUGCCGCCGCCCCUGCGCGAGGGCGCCCCCGCCCCGCCCGUCCCGGCGCCGCCAAAGUACACGCCCGCCAUUUAUGAGGAGGUGGGUCGCGCGCUCGGCUCAUCGAUCCUGGACAUGACGGCGCAGCACCCCAACUCGCGGGUGCCCAACUCCGAGUACCGCUCCGUGGCCGGCCUACGGGACUGGCUCAGGAACAAUGUGAAGAAUAUGAGGCCACAGGUGACGACGUCGCGCCUGCGCCCCAAGGCGGCCGCCACCUCGCCCAGCCGCGUGCCGCUCUACACACGCUCCAAGGGAAAGGUGACAGACGAGCGCAAAGAGAACACGUACGUGGGCGCCAAGCCGGCGGCGCCCCGCGAGCCUCCCGCCCCGCCCCGCGCCGCGCGCCCCGCGCCCCCGCUCGAGCCCAAGCCGAGCGCGCUCAAGCGACGCAACAUCCUCGCCGUGCGCAAGCCCAACGCCAGCAAGACGCAGGCCGGCGGCGUCGUCAAAGCCAAGACGACCGCGCGACGAUCCCUCGAGGACGCCCCCAGAAUAUCCGCCCCCAAGCGCAGCCUCACGCGGUCGAAGCGCCCCCCCGCCCCCUCCUCGUCGUCAUCCAGCGGCGCCGGCGUCAGCUGGGACGAGGCCGCCGCCCCGCGCCGCCGCCCCUGCCCCGCGCCGCCCCCGCACCGCCUCAAGAAGAUCCGCCUCAAGACCGCCUUGUAGCCCCGACUGUAGUCCACACACGCGCGGCAUUCAGCUGCCAUCGUCGCAGGCCGAUGGACGCUGUUUUGUCGUAAAUUUUCAGUGAACGCACCAUUGGUAUAACGCCGGAGAGAUGACUGGACAAAAUGGCAGCUAAAUCACAAAAGUUCGUCCAGGCGAUGGCGAUGGUGCUGUCAACUGAAACAUAUUUUAAGCUCUAUUCAGACCUAAGCGAUAAAGCAAUAUCGCUUGGGUUUGGAAAGGUCUGCAAUUGUGUUCCCAUUUUUUUAACGUUGUGUGGACGAGUAUACUAAAACACCAGUUUAUAUUUUUUUCGUUUGUACGUAUAGUUGACUAUAAGUCCUGAGUCCAGACUAAAUUAGGCGUUUUCAUAGUUAAUAAUUGAAAGACUAUAGAGUAUAGGCGCUUGCCAUCAGAUCUAUAGUCAUAUUUUAUAAAAUCCUAAUAUAUUUCUGUUUAUAUAAAAUACUAAUUUAGUUAUAAAUGUUUUGGGUGUGAGGUUAAAAAUGAUUUCUAAGUUCAUCAUAGUGAAGGUUUUUUGUAAAAUUUUAUAUCGUGAUAAGUGUGGGUAGCAGAGUUUGUAUCUUGUCUUUACUGUACUUUGUACCUACCUAAAGAAAUUAUAGUCCUGUUUAUUUUGUUAGGUAUGUAGGUACUUUUGUAAUUGUUUGUGCUAAUAAUUUUAAUAAUUUUUAUGCUGUGCCCUUUCGUCAGCAACAACUAAUUCUUGUAUUGUUCUUCCUUUUUAUGUAUAGUAAGUAACAAAGUAUACCAACCUUCUAUAAAUAAAGACAAAUUAUUAUUUACUUAGAUUUAUAUCUAUAAAAUCUCGAAUUGUAGAAUAUUUUGGUGUGUUUAGGUGAUAACUUCAGCUCAUAGAGCCGUAUUGUAAAUGGAUUGAUCUCAUUUAAUCUAAAGUUUUGGGUGGAAAUUCAAGUCUGUACAAUAUAUUUAUUUACAAACCUGACACGGUUGAAGAAAACGAGACUGCGCCAUCAAGAAAUGUUUAACUACUAGAAAUGAGGUUUUACGAAGUAAUUUGUAUAACUACAGAGAAGACUUAAUUAUACCUAAUAUUUGUUGUUUUCCUGAAACGUAUUAUGCUAGGAAUAGAUACCUAUACAUGCGACCCGAAGACUUCAAAUUAUACCAGUGUAUGUUGUAUAAAUUGGCAAAUUUAUAAAAAAUAUGUAGAUGUGAACUAAGUAGAUAUAUCUUUAUUUAAAUUUGAAUUUAUACACAAGACUAAAAUACAUAUUAUAGUUACAGUGAUAGUUACUAGAAAUACUAUAAGUUUCAAAUUCAUACCUAGAGCAUAGAUAGGUUUAUUUAAAUUCCAGUGCAAUAUACAAAUAAAGUUUUUUAUCAAAGAAUACAAGGUGGUCAAGGGAAAAAUUUAAUGAAUCUGCACACUCGCAGAGCUGCCAAUAUUUUAUUUAUUUUCUCAUGGGCACAUUCUUUGGAUUAACCUGUAUCAUGUUAAGAAAGCAGUCUAAUCUUUGUUUUUAAAAUUGUAUGUAAAAUUAAAAUAGUAUUAUGUAAUAAUUGUAAGGACCUAUGUAUAUCCUACUAGUAUUUUUAUUUAUACCCUACAUAAUUGAAGUGAAUGAAAUAAACAAAUAUGUUCUCUCGAUAA